CAAAUUGAACCACCGAACAAAAAACCCCCGUCCCUAUCCCCCUGCGUCGCCUCUGCAUCCCGAGGCCGCGGAGCGAUUCUUUUACCUCCCUUUCCCUCCUCUCUUCUUCGAUUUUGAUUCUCUAUCGGGAAGCAUAGAUCUCUCCUUCCCCUCAUCCGAUCGCAGAGGGCUUGGCGUUCUCUGUUGUCAGAGGCGAUCAGGCGAUCUUCGGGUUCUUUUUGGUCUUGGAUGGCUCUCGUGAUCUGCGGGCAGCUUUGCAGCGGGAAAUCGACGGCCGCGGCCUGCCUAGCCGACGAUAUCGAGACCAUGGACCCCAAACCGACGGUCGGGAUCGUUGACAGUCCUCAUUCCACCUUGGUCGCAAUCAAAGCUACGCGGGUACUCGCUCACUCAUUUCUAUCAAUAGCACCAUGCGAUAUAAUGCGGUGAUUACAUGGUGUGCAUAGAGUUCCUGUGUAUAAUAUCAGCAUUUCAAUGGUGCAAUUGACUCUAUGUGCUCCAUGCUAGUAUCGCAUUUAGCAAAGCUGAUAUCUCAAUACAUUAAUGGUUCUGAGUCGAUUAUUGCGAAAAAUGAAGGAAAGAUCCAUUGCAUCAAAUUUUCAGAUGGUGAGCCACAUGUGUGUAACACAAGUUUUAGAUCCAUAAAAACCCCCCCUUUGUUCUUUUAUGGUAGGUUUUCGGAGUAACUACCGGGUAGGAGGACAUCAGAAGUCUUGGAAUGUUUGAAUGGUGAAUAUUAGUUGAUUUUGAGCAUUAUUUCGACUAAGCAAAUCCUUGACUUCCAGUUCACAUAAACCUUCCAAGACCAAUUGGGUUGCCUGAGCUCUGAAGCCUGAGGUGUAUCUUCAUUAAGUUGACAGCGCAAUCCAGCUUGACUGGCCCUCUCCCACUAUCAGAUGUAGAUAGUGCAAAGAAGAUGUUUGUCAACUGCGUGAAUCUGGGAAUUGACACAGCUUAACCUCUUCUUUUCAAACUUAUGCUUAUAAUUCCUUAUUUGCAUAGAGAUGAUGUUUUGCAUAUUGCAGAUGUUCAGCACUGAGAUAACAUAAAUCAUUGAAAGCCUUACUCCUUUAUAUGAUCUUGAAUUACAAUUUAUUCAUUCUGAUUUAGUUUGUUUUGACUGGUUGUAUUUGUUACUGCAAUUUGAGAAAAGAGGGAGGGCAAACGAUUCUAGGAAUCAACAGCAGGAGUCUUGACAGCUGCUCUGUCAUCUCGGCGAAGCACCUAAAAGAUUUGGUUUACAGACUAAUUUGCAAGCAGCAGAUGGAGAACAAUAUACAUGCAAUGCAAAUGUGCCACACCAUAUUGAGCUGAUAUGCUACCUAACAUCUAACAAUUUUUUUAAGUUUGUUGGCAUUUUUUUUCGCGUGCAGGGUUUUGGCACCUCUACUGCCCUUGGGAUAUAACUAUGCUCGCUCUCAGCAGACUUACAAGCUUAAAUGUUCCUACAGAUGAACUGCAGCAAAGAAGAGAACCAGAAGAAAAAAAUUCCGGUGAUUGACUGCAUGACUGAAACUUCAUCUUCAUCAGAACAUCCCGCUAUAAUGCAUGAGCACAAGUAGUCGUUUUGUAAGGAGCUUGCCUGAAUCAGAGGUUCAUUGUGGUCGUUCAGCCUCUGAUCUUGGAUGAAAGUUGUAGGGCCUUGCAUCAUGUCUCCAAGUGCAUCAAGGACUUCUGGUUUGAUCCACAGCUUUGAAGGAUCAGUAUGAACUAGUUAUCUGCUCACUCAGAACGCCAAAAGUGAAAGCACAGCAGACACUCCUUCAGGUCACAGAGCAUAAUGGAAUCUGUGGUGCCAUGUAUUUGGGAUAGUGGAAGAUCACCCUCAUCAACAUAUGGAUGUUUCAGUAGUUUGUUGCUUUGUGCCGUCUACAUGAUUAUGGUAUAGAAUCUUCGGGUCGAGAUUUAUUGAAUUUCUCACUAUAAUUUUCAUCUCGAUCGAUCUUCUCAAUGUUGAAAUCAACUGUUUGCUUUAAUUUCUUGGCCAUUCUUCCUGUCUUUCUUGUCAUUCCAAUCUCUUCAUCCCUUUCACUGGAAACCAAAGUGCUCCUUGAAAUUAAAAGUCACUUCAAGGAUCCUUUCAAUUAUCUUGAGAGCUGGAGUGAACUUCGAUCUUCUUGUGAGUUUACUGGCAUCCACUGUGACAUUGAUUCUGGCCAUGUUAUUGGCAUCUCUCUUCCAAAUAUCUCUUUAUCAGGGGUGAUAUCACCAUCAAUAUCUCUCUUACCCAACUUGACUACUUUAGAGCUUUGGGAGAAUGCCAUCUCAGGCGUUGUUCCUUCUGCCAUAGCCAACUGCACAAACCUUCAGGUCCUCAAUCUCUCGGCAAACUUUUUGACUGGCCAGCUGCCUGAUCUUUCAUCCCUGCAGAAGCUUCAAGUUCUCGAUCUGUCGAAAAAUAGCUUCGAUGGAAAGUUUCCUGCUUGGGUGACGAAAAUAUCGGGCCUGGUUAACCUUGUCCUGGCAAGGAACAACUUUGAUGCCGGAGAGAUACCAGAAAAUAUUGGUUCUUUGAAGAACUUGACAUGGCUUUUCUUGGCAAAAUGUAAUCUUCAAGGGGAGAUACCAGCUUCCAUUUAUGAGUUGACAUCACUAGGAAAAUUGGACCUCUCUUACAACCAAAUCUCAGGACAAUUAUCAAAGGCAAUAUCCAACUUGAGCAAGCUUUACAAGAUUGAGCUCUACCAGAAUAAAUUAACUGGUGUAAUCCCACCAGAGGUUGCCAAUCUCACUCUACUACGUGAAUUCGACAUCUCCUGCAAUCAGUUCACCGGGAAGCUUCCUCCUGAGAUUGGUAGCCUCAAGAUGUUAACUGUCUUCCAUGUGUACAUGAACAACUUUUCAGGUGAACUCCCUCAAGGUUUUGAAGAUUUGAAGUUUCUCGUGUCAUUAUCCUUGUAUCAGAAUAGCUUUUCUGGGGAGUUACCAUCCAAUCUCGGUCGGUUCUCGCCGCUUGAAAAGAUCGACAUUUCUGAGAACAACUUCACUGGCGACUUCCCAAGGUUCCUGUGCCAAAACAACAAGCUGCAGUUCUUGCUUGCUCUUGACAACAACUUCUCAGGUGAAUUUCCAGAAUCGUAUAACAAUUGCAAAACAUUGAUUAGGUUCAGGAUUAGUCAAAACAGCUUCACAGGUAGAGUUCCGGAUGGACUUUGGGGAUUGCCGUCGGCAGUGAUCAUGGAUAUAGCUGACAAUGGCUUCAUUGGAGGGAUAUCUUCCGAUAUAGGAAUGUCAGCCAGUUUGACUCAGCUGUAUGUGCAGAACAAUAGAUUCUCUGAGGAGCUCCCAGGAGAGCUGGGGAAUCUUUCCCAGCUGGACAAGUUAUAUGCCUCUAACAAUUCCUUCUCUGGUCAAAUACCUUCUCAAUUUGGAAAUCUGAAGCAAUUGUCAUCCUUGCAUUUGCAAAAGAAUGCACUUGCAGGAACAAUACCAUCAGAACUUGGAACCUGUGACAGCUUGGUAGACCUCAACCUUGCACACAACUCACUGUGUGGUACGAUUCCAGGAACACUAGCCUCUUUGGCUUUCCUCAAUUCAUUUAACCUUUCACAUAAUUUCAUCACUGGAUCGAUCCCUAAUGGUUUACAGACAUUGAAGCUUAGUUCCAUUGAUUUGUCGGAUAACCAGUUAUCAGGAGAAGUUCCGGCAGGUCUUCUGCUGAUUGCAAGUGAAGGUGCACUUUACGGGAAUGAAGAUCUCUGUAUUGGUACAAGUAAUCAGAAGCACAGACAGUUAAGAUCUUGUAGUUCGAGCAAUAGCUACAAGGAUGCAACAAGGAAGCCUAUAGUUGUUGUGCUCACCAUCUUGCUGGUAAUGUUUGUGCUUUUUUUUGGUCUAGGCUUUGUGAGAUACUGGAACUUGAAACUCAAAAAAUAUUUUAACAGAAGAGAUUUGAAGGAAGGAGAGGAAAAAGUUUCAAAGUGGCUGCUUCAAUCUUUCCAUCCAAUGGUGCUGAAUCGUGCAGAAAUAUCAUAUUUAGAUGAAGAAAAUUUGAUUGCAUCUGGUGGCACGGGUAAGGUUUAUCGAUUAGAUUUGAACGGGAACAGAGGAACAGUUGCUGUCAAGAAAUUGUGGAAUACUGUUAGUGAAAGAGUUUUAACAGCCGAAAUAGGUAUCAUGGUAAAGAUCAGGCACAGGAACAUAGUGAAACUGUAUGCUUGCUUGAUCGGGGAGGAAUCAAAGUAUCUUGUCCUUGAGUACAUGCCAAAUGGGAAUCUCUAUCAAGCUCUUCGCCGGGAGAUGAAGGGUGGACAGCCAGAGUUGGACUGGAACGAGCGCUACAAGAUUGCAUUGGGUGCAGCAAAGGCCAUUAUGUAUCUUCACCAUGACUGCAAUCCAGCAAUCAUUCAUAGAGACAUAAAGUCAGCUAAUAUACUGCUAGAUGAAGAGUACGAAGCAAAGAUUGCUGAUUUCGGGAUUGCCACAGUUGAUGAUGGAUCAGAGUGGACUUGUUUUGCUGGUACUCAUGGUUAUAUUGCUCCAGAACUAGCAUGUUCGCUUAGGGUGACCAAGAAGAGUGAUGUAUAUAGCUUUGGUGUGGUGCUGCUGGAAUUGAUAACUGGCCGCUAUCCAACUGAUCCUUACUUCGGAGAAGAAGACAUUGUCUCAUGGAUUUCUAGACUCUUUAAAGGCCAAAACCUUUCAGAGGCUUACGAUCCAAGGUUGUCGAGUUUCGCAGCAGAGGGAAUGGCGAAGGUGCUAGAUAUUGCUAUCCUCUGCACCUCCGAGAGACCAUCUUCACGCCCUACCAUGAGAGAGGUUGUCAACAUGCUUACAGAUGCCAACCCUGCUUCAGUUGUCACUACUGGGAAAAGUUCCAGUAAGAAUUGGUAGCCUUUUGUCUCAGCAGUUCAUGUAUUUUGUUUAGGUCUUUCAUGACAUCCAUGAACCAAUCGGGGAUCUGCGUGCAUCAACGACUUAGGGACUAUGUCUAGAUUUCGUAAUUGGGAUCUGUAUACAUGUAAUGAACCUAGUUUUUUUCAGCUGUAGUCUACAAUGUAAUAUAGUUUCAUGUGCUUA